AUGCUUAAUGUUUGUGAUAUUCUUAUUUGCCAUACCAAUAUAUACGAAAUCAUUCUUCUUCUUCUUCUUCUUCUUCUUCUUCUUCUUCUUCUUCUUCUGUGUGCCAUCUCUCUCUCUCUCUCUCUCUCUCUCUCUCUCUCUCUCUCUCUCUCUCUAUCUCUCUCGUUCUCUCCUUUUCCUUUUCUCUUUCUCUCCCUCCCUCUCUAUUUUUCUCUCUCUUUCAUUCUCUCUCUUUCAUUAUCUCUGUGCCUCUCUCUCUUUCUCACUCUCUUUCUAUCUUUCAUUCUCCCUCUUUUUCUUUCCUCCUCUCUCUUUCUCUCUCUUUUUAAUUCUAUCUCCUCUCCCACUUUCUCUCUCUUUUCAUCUCUCUUUAUCCCUCUCUUUCUAUUUCAUUCUCUCUCCCUUUCUUUAUCUCUUUCUCUUUUUCAUUCUCUCUCUCCCUCUUUCUCUUUAUUUCUCUCUUUCAUUCUCUCUCACACUCUCUAUCUUUCAUUAUUUCUCUUUCUUUCUUUCUCUUUUUUUUUUUUUCUUUCUCUCUCUCUCUCUCUCUCUCUCUCUCUCUCUCUAGCAUCUUAUUCAUAUCUCCGUACCCUUUCUUAUCUUAUUCAUAUCUCUGUACCCUUUAUAGCCUUAUUCAUAUCGAUGUACCCUUUAUUGUCUUAUUCAUAUCUAUGUACCCUUUAUAGUUUUAUUCAUAUCUGUACACUUUAUUGUUUUAUUCAUAUCGAUGUACCCAUCAUUGUCUUAUUCAUAUCACUGUACCCAUUAUUCUCUUAUUCAUAUCUAUGUACCCUUUAUAGUCUUAUUCAUAUGCUUGCGCCCUUUAUUGUCUUAUUCAUAUCUAUGUACCCUUUAUUGUCUUAUUCAUAUCGAUGUACCCAUCAUUGUCUUAUUCAUAUCUAUGUACCCUUUAUUGUCUUAUUCAUAUCGAUGUACCCUUUAUUGUCUUAUUCAUAUCGAUGUACCCUUUAUAGUCUUAUUCAUAUCGAUGUACCCAUUCUAUCUUAUUCAUAUCUAUGUACCCUUUAUAGUCAUUCAUAUCUAUGUACCCUUCAUUGUCUUAUUCAUAUCUAUGUACCCUUUAUAGUCUUAUAUCUAUGUACCCUUUAUUGUCUUAUUCAUAUCUAUGUACCCUUUAUUAUCUAUCCACACACACAAAUGCGUGAAUUGUUUUUCUUUGGGGAUGUGUCGUCUUCACGCGUCGAUGGCUGUUGUGUCGGUUUUUUUUCUUUUUCAAAUAUCAAGCCUUCAACCUGGUCGUCAAGAAAGAGGUUUUCCAUUAAGCGCCUUUUGAAUGUUCGUAAUGUUUGUUUAUUCGUUCGUUCGUUCAUUUUCUCUCUCUUUCUCUCUUUCUCUCUCUCUCUCUCUCUCUCUCUCCAGUUUUCUUUUUUCCUUUCUUUCUUUUUCUCUUUCAUUUACUUUCUGUUUUCUUUUUCUUUCUUUCGUUCUUUCUUUAUUUUUGCUUUUACUCUCGUUUCUCUUCCUUGCUUUCUUUUUCUAUUUGCUUUGAUGUGGCGCUCUCUUUCAUCGUUCUUUCUCUCUUUUUCUCUGCUCUUUCUCUCUAUUUUCUUUCUUUUUCUCUUUUUUAUUUUUCGUUCUUCCUGUUUCCUCUCUUUUCUUUCUUUUUCUGUUUUUCUUUCGUUCUUCCUUUAUUUUUUCUCUCUAGUCUCUCUUGCUUUCUUUUCUCUUCUUUUUUUCUAUUUUCUUUCGCUCUCUUUCCUUUUCUUUUCUCUCUCUCUCUCUACUUCUCUCUUAUUGUUUUCUUUUAGUUUUACCUUUCGUUCUCUUUCCUUUUCUCUUUUUCUCCCACUCUUUUUCUAUUUCCAUUUCUCUCUCUCUCUCCCUCUCAUUUUCUCUUUCAUUGUUUUUCUGUCUUUUUUCUUUCUUUCUAAAACUUUCUCUCUUCAAAACAAAAGUAAAGAAAAAAAAUAUUUCGACAGUUGA